AUGGGUGAGACAGAAGAUGAGCGUACGGCUCAGGCCAGCCAGCUCUUUGAGAAUUUCGUCCAGACGUCCACGUGUAAGGGGACUCUGCAGGCCUUCAGCAUCCUCUGCCGGCAGCUGGAGCUGGACCCUCUGGAUUACAGCAACUUCUACAGCUCACUGAAGGCUGCAGUCUGCUCCUGGAAGGGCCAGGCUCUGUGGACCAAACUGGACAAAAGGGCACAGCACAAGGUGUACAGCCAGAAUAAAGCCUGCCAGGGCACAAGGUGCCUGAUCAUCGGCGGGGGUCCUUGCGGUCUGCGGACAGCCAUUGAGCUGACCCUGCUGGGCUGUAAGGUGGUGGUGAUCGAGAAGAGAGACACCUUCUCCAGGAACAAUGUGCUCCACCUAUGGCCCUUCACUAUCCAGGACCUCAGAGGUCUCGGGGCCAAGAAGUUCUACGGGAAGUUCUGCGCUGGCGCCAUCGACCACAUAAGUAUCCGUCAGCUCCAGCUGAUGCUGAUGAAAGUGUGUCUGAUUCUGGGCGUGGAGAUUCACGUCAAUGUGGAGUUCGUCAAACUUCUGGAGCCGCCUGAGGAGCAGACUGACAACAGUCCCGGGUGGCGAGCAGAAGUGCGGCCCAGCGGUCACCCCGUGUCGGACUUUGACUUUGACGUGGUGAUCGGAGCCGACGGACGCAAAAACACGUUAGACGGUUUUGCCCGCAAGGAGUUUCGCGGAAAACUAGCCAUCGCUAUCACCGCUAACUUUGUCAACAGGAACACCACAGCCGAGGCCAAAGUGGAGGAAAUCAGUGGUGUGGCGUUCAUCUUUAACCAGAAGUUCUUUCUGGAACUUAAGGAGGACACAGGAAUUGACUUGGAGAACAUAGUUUACUACAAAGACAACACCCACUACUUCGUCAUGACGGCGAAGAAGCAGAGUCUGUUGGACAAAGGCGUCAUUAUAAAUGACUACAUAGAAACAGAGCGUCUGCUAAGCAUUGACAAUGUCAACCAGGAAGCGUUGCUGUCCUACGCCCGUGAAGCAGCUGACUUCGGCACGAACUACCAGCUGCCAUCGCUGGACUACGCCAUCAACCACUACGGGCAGCCGGACGUUGCGAUGUUUGACUUCACCAGCAUGUACGCCUCAGAGAAUGCCGCCUUGAUCAGGGAGAAACACGGUCAUCAGCUAGUGGUCGCACUGGUGGGAGAUAGUCUGCUUGAGCCCUUCUGGCCGAUGGGUACAGGUUGUGCUCGGGGCUUUCUGGCAGCCUUCGACACAGCUUGGAUGGUGAGGGGCUGGGUACAGGGCAGGAACCCCCUGGAGGUACUGGCCGAGAGGGAGAGUAUCUACCGGCUGCUGCCUCAGACCACCACGGGGAACAUCAGUAAAAACUUUGAACAGUACACCGUUGACCCCGCAACCCGCUACCCCAACCUCAACUCCAGCUGUGUACGCCCCCACCAGGUGCGUCACCUGUUCAUUGACGGCAAACAGGGCUCAUGUCUCCGGGAACGAGGAGGCCCCACAGGUAGAUCAGUCAACCUGUCCAGAAGAGAAUCCGAGGUGCGUCCGAACCGACUGCUGAUCUGGUGUCAGAAGCAGACUGAGGGCUACCGAGGAGUCAACAUCACCAACCUCACGUCUUCCUGGAGGAACGGCCUGGCCCUCUGCGCUCUCAUACACCGCCAGAGACCCGAACUCAUUGACUUUGACACCCUCAAUGAGGAGGAUGUGGCGGCGAACAACCAGUUGGCGUUUGACGUGGCUGAGCGACAGCUCGGCAUCCAGCCAGUAACCACAGGAAAGGAGAUGGCUGCGGAGGCAGAACCAGACAAGCUGCUGAUGGUCCUCUACCUCUCCAAAUUCUACGAGGCCUUCAGGAACUCACCAGUAAACAACAAUGGUUCAAGAGCACAAGAUGAGAAUAAUGAAGAAUAUCCGGCUAAAUCCAACCAUGCCGUCCUGAACCUGCCUCAGCCCAGGAAGAGGAUACCCAGGGAUGACAAGAAACUGGAAGAUGACUCUGUUAACAAGAGACGACGAAAGGGCAACCACUACCUCACAGAGUUAUCCUGUCACAGUGCACCCCCUGCAGGUGAGGAGGGAGAGCUGCGGGAGAAUAAGGUCCGCUCCAUGGCAACUCAGCUGCUGGCCAAAUUUGAGGAGAACUCCUCGACAGCAAAUACACACAGCAAGUCUGACGAGGACUCAUCCGAUCCGUCAUUUUCUCCUCCUCUGUCUCCUGCCUCCACCCCCCUUCUUCUCUCAGAUGAGGAAGAAGAGGAGGAGGAGGAGGAGGAGGAUGAAAACCCUCGCUUUGCAAAGCCCAAGAAUAUCCCCCCUCCUCCUCCUCGGCCUCCCCCUCGCCCCAAGUGGCAGCCUUCCGUUUACCUCCGCUUACUGGAGAAUCCUUCUUCUGUGGCCCAGCAAACCACUCUCCUCUACUCCAAACCCUCUUGCAGCUACAGUCGCUCUCCUUCACCUUCCUACUCUAAGAGCCUUUUACGCUCCCCAAGCCCCGAUGUUACUGAACAGCACUACCCAGAACGCACCUCUCCCGACCUGAUAACCAGUCACUUCUCUUGUCCUGCUCCUUCUCUGUCGGGUAUCGAUCGCCCCUCCAACAGAAAAAAUGUCUUGCUGUCCCUGCAGAGUAAAGCCCAGAAAGUGUCUACUAGAGAAUUUACUAAGAGGAGCAUAAAAGACCGAGCUGUCCUCCUCUCCUCCUUGUUUCCUGGGUCCAAAAAACCUCCUUCUACUCCUCUUUCUCCUCUCUCUGAAGCACAGGUGGAUCAAACAACUUCUUCCCCUCCUUCCUUGUCUCCUCCUCCUUCUCCUCCCUCUGUAUCUAAGAGCUCAACCGUCUACCCGAUGGUCCACCCUGUCCCUGACCCUGCUGCCCAGUCUGGUUUCUCCUCUGUCCCCCUUUAUACUGCUGGAUACAAGAACAACAAACACUCUUCUCCUCCUUCGUCUUAUACUGACUCUGGCAAACCAGAGGAAAUCGCUCUGCGUGUAGAUUCCUCCACAUGCAACAAAAGCUCUAUUCAUCCGUCUUUAUCUUACUCUGACGAGAGCCAGGAGAUCACAUCUCUACUUUCUGAAAUUAACUGUGAAAAUGGACACGCCAGCUCUUCUCCCCUCCCAGUUUCUGCGAUGCAGGAGGAAAAGUGUGCAAAGACAGGUUACAGUUCUCAUGACAGUCUUGAAAAUGAAAAGGACACGGUCCAUAAAGCUGCUCAGGAGAUGCUUGACAACAACAAAUACGAUGAAAAUGGUGACACAAAGUACAAUGGGAGCUUGUCUCUUGAGAACCCCAGAAGAAUCUCUAAAAAGUCAGUUGUUCGCUCUGAGAGUUGUCCGGCUGGAGCUCCGAGUUACAUAAAAGAGCGUACAGUUGGGAAGGUAUCAUCAACCAUAGAUGCUAGAGCUCAGAAACUGGCCAUCCUGUAUGAGACAGACCACAGGCCCAGUGCCACACCGUCUGUGAUGCGUAAGGCCUUCCCUCCCGGACUCGGUGGCAGCGAUACCUGCCACUUCUGCUCCAAGCGGGUAUAUGUGAUGGAGAGACUGAGCGCCGAGGGCUUCUUCUUCCACCGCGAGUGUUUCCGCUGUGACGUCUGUAACUGCACCCUGCGUCUGGGUGGGCACACCUUUGACUCACAGGAGGCAAAGUUCUACUGCAGGAUGCAUUAUGCGCAGCGCCAAUCCAGCACUCACCUGGGCAGGUUCAGGGGGGGAAUGGGUGACCAAAGCCGUGGCGCGCCCUCGUCGGUGGACGGUGGGAGCUUCUCUGCGACAGGCAGCGUGCAGAUACAACCCGCAGGUGGAGCAUCCAGCUUGCAUUCAGAUCAGCUUGAUAAAGGUCAGACGAGCAUUCCUGAAGACACAGAGAUGGCCGUGGACGCUCUGGAUGCUUCCUGCAUUGUAAAACCUGCAGCACAAGAUGCCACAGGGGCCAAAGGCCAUAACCAGGACAGUACCAAAGAUCACAGUAAUGCCAAACAGAAUCAUCGCUGGAAACGGAAGGUUAGAGCGACGUUCCCGCUGAUCUUCAUCAAGCACUUCCAGAGAAGCUGGUCGCUGAACAAAGAGGGACCAGAGACUGUCCCUGAAGCUGACUCAGACUUUGAGGACAUCACUUUAGCAGAGAAGCAAAACAGUUGCAAGACUCCUGCGGUAACCCAGAAUCCUUCAGAGGGAAAUGAGAAGAGAGAGCGCUCAUCCGCCCCAAAGAAACGCUUGAUGUUAUCUCUUUCUGAAAAAGAGAAGCUUCUGAACUGGGACAUGCAGGCAACACCAGAGGAAACUCCGAGUAACACAGGCACCAAAACCAAACAUCAACAAAAAGACCAGGUACAAGCAGAGACAGAGGCAGAUAAGCCUCAGACAGACUCGGGCCAAGACGGAGAACCACCUCAGAGCCAAACCUCGGCCUCGUCCCCCUCAGCCUUGCAGCUUAUAGCCAACGCCUUCAGGAGGACAUUUAGCAUGUCCAAUCCCUCCAGCAGCUCCAGCACAGCAGUCACAAUGAGGACCAAAGGUGAUGGCUCCCGCAAACAGAGGCCCAUGUCAGAAGGAACAUUCAACUUCAGUUCCUUCCUCAACGCCACAGCUACAGAGGAGGAGAAGAAGGCCGGAAGGCGUGAAGCUCGGUUGGCGUCUCUAGGAGCAGAUCCGUGGGGGGCCGGGCGAGACCUUCCUUCUCUGCUGCAGCAGGUGUCCUUUAAGAACCGUAGAGAAUCUGAAGGGGCCUAUUCUGACAACAUGGCCUCGCUGUCCCGCAGGAGGGUCGACCUGUUCUCUUCCCUGAGACUAAGGAAGAGGGAGGCAUCAGAGAGUGAGGGAAAGGACCAGGAGGCUCAAAAGGAAAUCAAGACAAUCCUCACCAACCUCAGAAACAAAGCCUCCAGUCAACAGAAUCUGGAAGAGGCGUCCUCCAGUGAUGAUGAAAAUGAAAACACAGCAUCUAAUCAAUUGUAUUCAGAGAGACAGAGGAUUAAGCAGGAGAAGACAGUGGCCCAGCAGGCUAAAAGAGACCAGCUGAAGAGGCUUCACAGAGCUCAGGCGAUCCAGAGGCAACUGGAGGAGGUCGGAGAGAAACAGAGAGAUCUGGAAGAGAGAGGAGUGGCCAUAGAAAAGAUCAUAAGAGGAGAAACAGAGUCUCAGACAGAUGACAGUGACGAGGCUCAGCUUUAUCAGACCUGGUUUAAACUCGUUCUGGAGAAGAACAGAUUAGCGCGCUACGAGUCCGAACUCAUGAUCUUCGCUGAGGAGCUUGAACUAGAGGACACUCAAAGCCGACUACAGCAAGAUUUGAGACGCAGAAUGGCGAUAGAAGAUACAAUUAAGAGCGCCUCUGAGCUGCAGGAGGAGCAGGAGAUACUGUCCGAGAUCAUGAGGACGGUGGAGAACCGAGACAUGUUGGUGUCUAUCCUUGACGAGCAGAGGCUGAAGGAGAGGGCUGAGGACAGGGACCUGGAGAGCCUCGUGCUGUCCAAAGGCUACGAGUUCCACUGGGCCCAGGAGGAGGACAGCUGCGGGCAGGAGAAGCUGGAGGGAAGGGCUUGA